CACGACAGUAGCGCCAAGAGACUAUACAUGGCACUUUCGGCCAUAGCUAGCACUCUAGCGCGACAUCAUCUCAUUUCGUGUGUAACGACGUCGUUUCCCUUCCAUCCUUCCUCACGCAAACUCAGUAUUCGAGUCAAAAGAAUUGCAGUCAACAAGCACACUCGCCAUAUCUACUGCAAGCGAAUGGCGUCAACAGCUCCGGCCGUUAAUAAGAUCACGGCUCCCUAUGGCUCCUGGAAGUCCCCCAUAACCGCCGACGUCGUCUCCGGCUCCACCAAGAGGCUCGGCGGCUUCGCCGCCGAUUCACUAAGCCACCUCAUCUGGCUCGAAUCUCGGCCGACAGAGUCCGGACGAGGAGUUAUCGUGAAGGAACCGGAGAAACCGGGGGAUUCGCCGACGGAUAUCACGCCGAAAGACUAUGCAGUCAGGACUGUGGCUCAGGAAUAUGGAGGCGGUGACUUUAGCAUCUAUGGAGACACUCUGAUUUUCUCCAAUUACAAGGAUCAAAGACUUUACAAGCAGUCCAUUUCUUCUAGAGAUUCUGCACCUACACCAAUCACUCCGGACUAUGGUGGGCCGCAGGUGUGCUAUGCUGACGGAGUAUUUGAUUCUCGCUUUAACCGUUUUGUGGCAGUGAGAGAAGAUUCACGUGAAAGCAGUACAAAUUCAAUUACUACAAUUGUGUCGAUUGAUAUGAGCAAUGAUACUAUUCAAGAGCCAAAAGAAUUAGUUGGUGGAAAUGACUUUUAUGCUUUUCCUCGUAUGGACCCUAGAGGAGAACGAAUGGCUUGGAUUGAAUGGGGUCAUCCUAACAUGCCGUGGGAUAGAUCAGAGCUUUGGGUUGGCUAUAUAUCAGAUAAUGGAGAUGUUGUUAAACGUAUUUGUGUUGCUGGAGGUGAUAAGAGUAUUUUGGAGUCUCCAACUGAACCCAAGUGGUCUCCCCAAGGAGAGCUGUACUUUGUAACUGACAGGAAUAAUGGGUUUUGGAAUAUCUACAAAUGGGUAGAAUCUACUAAUGAGGUGCUACCAAUGUACACCAUAGAUGGAGAGUUCACAAGACCUUUAUGGGUCUUUGGGUUCCAGUCCUAUGAUUUUCUUCAGAAUCAUGAUCAGGAAACCCUUGUAGCAUGCAGUUACAGGAAGAAUGGCAAGUCACAUCUUGGAAUUCUUGAUGUUAUUCAUGGAAAAUUGACACUGCUUGGGAUUCCUUUCACGGAUAUUAAUAAUAUUACUGCUGGGAUUAAUUGCCUUUAUGUUGAGGGUGCCUCUACUGUCCAUCCAUCAUCAAUAGCUAAGGUGACUUUGGAUGAUCAAAUGACAAAAGUAGCUGAGUUUAAAAUCAUGUGGUCUUCUUCAUCUAUGAGCUUGAUGUAUGAAUCAUACAUCAGCGUGCCUGAAUUAGUAGAGUUUCCAACAGAUGUCCCUGGACAAAAUGCAUAUGCAUACUUUUAUCCACCAACCAACGCAGAGUAUCAAGCUGGUCAGGAUGAAAAACCUCCAUUACUGCUGAAAAGCCAUGGAGGUCCUACAGCUGAGGCGAGGGGAAGUUUGAAUCUUAGUAUUCAAUAUUGGACUAGUCGUGGCUGGGCACUUGUGGAUGUGAACUAUGGUGGAAGCACUGGUUAUGGCAGAGAAUUCCGAGAGAGGCUCUUGAGGAACUGGGGAAUAGUUGAUGUUAAUGACUGUUGCAGUUGUGCUAAGUUUUUGGUUGAUAGUGGAAGGGUUGAUGGUGAGCGGUUAUGUAUCACGGGAAGUUCAGCUGGCGGGUACACUACAUUAGCAGCACUUGCAUUCAAAGAUGUAUUCAAAGCUGGUUGUUCCUUAUAUGGUAUAGGCGACCUGAAAUUGCUGGUUGAUGGAAUGCCCAAGUUUGAAUCUCACUAUAUCGACAAUCUUGUUGGAGAUAAAAAUGCAUACUUUGAGAGGUCUCCCAUCAAUUUUGUGGACAAAUUUUCAUGCCCCAUAAUUUUAUUUCAAGGAUUGGAUGACAAGGUUGUCCCCCCAGAGCAAGCACGCAAAAUCUACCAAGCACUGAAGGCAAAAGGUUUACCUGUUGCCCUGGUGGAAUAUGAAGGAGAACAACACGGUUUCCGCAAGGCCGAAAACAUCAAGUUCACCCUCGAACAGCAAAUGGUUUUCUUUGCGCGUCUAGUAGGACAUUUUCAAGUUGCGGAUCCAAUCACUCCAAUCAAAAUUGAUAACUUCGACUGAGAUUCAAGAACACAUAGGAGAGAUGUUUCUGUGUACAUUAUAUCUUAAUCAUUCUGGUUUUUCCCGAUGGAGUUUUGUCCCUGUCCUGUCUUCACUAGCACAAGGUAAUAACCUCUGUUUUUUCAGAGAAGUUGGGCUCCCUGGAAAUGUUGUUUUGUUUAUCUAAUUUAAGUCCAUUUUCCUCGUGUGCUCUGGACUUUUAUUAUUAUUUUUAAUUUUUAA